UAAGUAAAAACGGAGCUGGGGGGACGCACGACAACAUCAUAGGUGCAGUGGAAAGUGGCUCCUGUUCUGCUCCUUUUUCACUUUUGGAACUUGAAGCAAAGAGAGGUCCUAGGAUUCAGUCAGGAAGAAGUCGAGAUUCUAUCACGCGUGCGUAAAACUAAACAGUCUUACAUUUUGGAUUUGAAUCACUUUAAAGUAUCGAAAUUGUGGAAGUGGAGUCGUUUUGUACCCCGUGCGCACCAGCUUUUCUAAUGACGGCAGAAGUUCAGCAGCCUUCAGCACAGACUCCUGCUCAGAGCAGCCCAAUGUCUGUGCCUGAAAAAAACCACGCUCAAACGGCGGUGAUGGAAAGCGCGUCCUCCACGACAAAAACCAAAAAGACGAACGCGGGGAUUCGUAGACCGGAGAAACCCCCCUAUUCGUACAUCGCUUUGAUCGUAAUGGCAAUACAAAGCUCCCCCACCAAACGCCUCACACUAAGUGAAAUCUACCAGUUCCUACAGAGUCGUUUCCCGUUUUUCCGAGGCUCAUACCAAGGAUGGAAGAAUUCCGUGCGUCACAACUUGUCUCUGAACGAAUGUUUCAUAAAGCUACCCAAAGGGCUAGGUCGGCCAGGGAAAGGCCACUACUGGACUAUUGACCCAGCCAGUGAGUUCAUGUUUGAAGAGGGCUCCUUUAGAAGACGACCCAGAGGUUUUAGACGUAAGUGCCAGGCGCUUAAGCCCAUGUAUAGCAUGAUGAACGGCCUGGGUUUCAACCACAUCCCGGAGUCAUACAACUUCCAGAGCGGCGGCGGGGGCCUGUCCUGUCCCCCUAAUAGCCUGUCACUGGACAGUGGCAUUGGCAUGAUGAACGGCCACUUGGCGGGUAACAUGGAAGGUAUGGCGUUGUCCGGUCAUUCGAUGUCGCAUUUGUCGACCAACAGUGGACACUCUUAUAUGGGGAAUUGCCCAGGAUCCACGGGGAGUGAAUACCCUCAUCACGACAACUCAGCAUCUCCUUUGCUCGCGAGCGGAGGCAUCAUGGAGCCGCACCCGGUGUACUCCAGCUCCGCAUCAGCGUGGGCCCCCACGCCGUCCGCUUCUCUCAAUAACGGAGCUUCGUACAUUAAACAACAGCCCCUGUCUCCAUGUAAUCCGGGAACGAACCCUCUGCAGCCAAGUCUACCCACACAUUCUCUCGAACAGCCAUACCUGCAUCAGAAUGGACACAGCACCACAGAUUUGCAAGGUAUCCCGCGUUACCAUUCCCAAUCUCCAAGCAUGUGCGACCGAAAGGAGUUCGUCUUCUCUUUUAACGCCAUGACGUCCUCGGCCAUGCACUCCCCGGGCAGCGGUUCGUACUACCACCACCAGCAGGUCUCCUACCAGGACAUCAAACCAUGCGUGAUGUGAUCACAUAGGCUACGUGGAAACCAUUAGAAAGGCAAAUUUGUGCCAAGAAACCACUGAAAGACGGGCCGUGGAGUAGCAAGGACUACACGUUUUACGCACGGCCAAAAUACAGACGCAGCCAUUUAUUUUGUAAUAAUAUGAUAGUAAUAAUAAUAUUGUCAUGAUCCUUGACUUCAGCGAGCAGAAACUGUAAAAUUGCUGCUGUUUGGUACCGAAUUCUGGAAAACCAGCUGUCCACCUUCAUUUUGAGACAAUUGUAAAUGUCCAUUUUCAUUUUAUUACUAUAUUUUAUCGUCAACAUUUCAAAUGCAGACUCUCCUUGGAGUUAACACUUGGACGCUACAUAACGUUGCAUGUCCUACAGACUGUGUACAGAUUAUGAAGGCACUUUUUGAAUAACCCAUAAACGCGAAUUAUUUAUUCUGGGCCUGCGUAUUUUAACUAGAUUGGCAAAGGUUUAUUGGCAAUAUUUGUCAGAACGCGCAAAAUUGUUUAUAAUGAAAAUGAAGUAUAUAUUGUAAGCACUGUUGUUGUUUGUGGUAAAUAUUCUGUAGUCUAUAAAAUAAUUCCUUGCAGCACUGUAAUGU